AGUGGCCUGAAGCAGCUUUAUUUUGGCCUGUCUGUUUGGGUCCUAACAGCACAAGAUGGUUAUGUCACUGGGACUAUUCACAUUGCAAACAAUUUUAAACUGGUAUAUUUUAAAAUAUAAGUUGCAUAUAUUAGGGAUGGGAAAGAGCUUCCUCUCUAGAUAGUUUUGGACUACAACUAUAUCAUUGGCAGUGGUAGCCAAGAAUGUUUGGGAGCUACAAUCCAACUACCUCUGUAAGAUCACAUUUCCUACCCUUUGAUGUAGAGUAAGUGAGCAGCAUUACUAUGAGAUGUUAACAAGUCUUCUUUCUGGAUAGCUGGCUGUAGAGACUAAGGAUUAAGGGGGAAGGGGGAAGGAUCACUAUGCUGAAAUGGCUUUUGGAUAAAUCACUAAGAUCCUUCAUCUUCACCAUGCAGUUGAGUACACCAGACUGAAACUUUGUAUGGAGGAUUAAUGGAGACACUAUUCUAAGUUUUCCAGAUCUGAGAAUUCCUGAUAAUGGCUCGACCUAUAUCUCUGCUAAGGAACAGGACAAACUCACUGUUGUUAACAGUCUCUGUUGUCACACUUUUUCAUUGACUGCUGAGGAAACAAUCUUUGGACAGACUCUAUGAAAGGAUAACUUCUGUUUAAAAUUCUGUUUAAAAACUCAGGCAAUGGGAAAAUGGAAGCAGGCAAAGACUUAGCAGGAAGACUUUGUGGGCACUCCUCACCAGAUACCAGUAUUUGGCACUAUGAUGGCAUGCAACGAGACUCCUCCAGGGAUUUUUGUUACCUUGAACGCAAGUGCCCAACUGCCGGGUUCUGAUUACAGAGCCUUGCCAACCCCGCUCAGGAUAAUGUUGGCCAUAAUAAUGCUAUUCAUGAUUGUAAUCGGGUUCUUAGGUAAUGCUAUUGUCUGCCUGAUCGUCUACCAAAAACCAGCGAUGCGUUCAGCUAUCAACCUGCUUUUAGCUACUCUGGCUUUCUCUGAUAUCAUGCUGUCUUUGUUCUGCAUGCCUUUUACAGCAGUCACCAUCAUUACAGUGAACUGGAACUUUGGGGCUCACUUUUGCCGAAUAUCAGGUAUGCUCUACUGGUUCUUUGUGUUGGAAGGUGUAGCCAUACUCUUGAUCAUUAGUGUGGACCGUUUCCUAAUCAUCGUCCAACGUCAAGACAAGCUGAAUCCUCACCGUGCCAAAGUCAUGAUUGCCAUUUCUUGGGCCUUUUCUUUCUGUGUGUCUUUUCCUUCAGUGGUUGGGUGGACAUUUGUAGAAGUCCCAAGCCGGGCUCCCCAGUGUGUCUUGGGAUACACUGAAUUUCCUGCAGACAGAGCUUAUGCAGUGAUGCUGCUAGUGACCAUUUUCUUUGUCCCUUUCAGCAUAAUGUUAUACUCUUAUCUUUGCAUUCUGAACACUGUCCGGCGGAAUACUGUUCGGAUCCACAAUCAUGCCGAGAACGUUUGCUUGAGUCAAGUGAGCAAGCUGGGCUUAGUGGGGCUCCAAAAGCCUCACCAAAUGAAUGUGGACAUGAGCUUCAAGACCCGAGCCUUUACUACCAUCCUCAUCCUUUUUGUUGGCUUCUCUCUCUGCUGGCUUCCACACACAGUUUUCAGCUUGAUGUCUGUGUUCAGCAGGCAGUUCUACUACAGCCGCUCUUUCUAUGUUACUAGCACCUGUGGGUUGUGGCUAAGUUACCUCAAGUCAGUUUUCAACCCUGUCAUCUACUGCUGGAGGAUCAAGAAGUUCCGCGAGGCCUGUCUGGAGUUUCUGCCAAAAACAUUUAAGAUCUUUCCCAAAGUGCCAGGCCGGACAAAGAGGAGAAUAAGGCCAAGCACAAUAUAUGUCUGUAGUGAGAACCAAUCUACUGUUUAGGAAUACAUCAGGAUGAUUUAACUGUCAAGAAGAUGACACAAAGUGUUUGAAAUGAGGAAUGGUUUGUUUUUACAGUCGCUACUUUUGUCGUACCAUUCUGCAAUAUUUUUGUACUGAAUGUACAGCAAAUCUGACUUGUGUUCAGUUACCAGAAUUGCACUUGCUACUGUAAUAUCAUGAGAAUGACUAAAGUGUGAAACUGUCAAAUCUACUGUCAGUCAUUAUCACAAUGAUGGCUAGAAUCCUAUUGGGUAGUUAUGCAUGUGUAACAGAGUUAUGCAUUUGUGGCUGCUCUGUAUUCAUGAUCCCUACAUAUCCCCUUGUAUAGGAGGUAUAUAGGGACUGUGAAAGUCCCCCAAUCCCCACUUAUAGGUGAGCAAUCUUUGCAAUCAAGGCUCUGUUGCUCAAGAAGUGGCUGACUGACGUUCUCCCCUCCUCUGUGCAAAACAUCUCAGUUGCAAGGCAGGAGUGCAACAGGGACAGCAUGUUGCAAUGGAAAUGUUUUGUGUGAAGGGUGGGAAUGUCAGUCAGGCACUUCCCAAGUGGGGAUUGGGAGGGCUGUGAUUUACUAAGUAACUAUGUUAUGUAGCAAUGUAGUGCAUAGAGGAUUCCAGCCAAUAAUAAGGGCCUGCUGGAGAUUUACCUAGGUAUAUAGACACUGUAGUUACAGUGCUAUGCAGUGAUUUACAUUCCCCCCCCCCACCAAUCUGUACUUACUGGGAAGCAGCUGCUGCAAUCAAUGGCAAAGGGUCUGUUCCCCUGUUGAUUAGGAAGCAAUUGACAUUCCUACUCCUUCCCCUGAGUGAUCACCAAUAGAACCGGCAGAAACAGGGCCUCUGUUGCAAUUCCCCUUUGUGCCAACGAUCACUCACACAAGGGGGAAUGGGGCCAUCAGUCAACUGUUCCCAACUGACAGGGGACCAGACCCCAGUAGAUCACUGCUUCCCAGUAAGGACAGGUUGGAGGACUUUCAUGAUUCCUAUGUAUCCCCUAAACUAGGGAUUGUAAACAUGAAGCAGUCAUGAGUGUGGAACGCUAGGUUACACAUUUGUAACUGCCCAACAGGAUUCCUGCCAAUAAUACUGUGUAUCAUUUUAGUUUCUUCUAGACAUUUAAAAAAAAAAAACCCUACAGAUCCACAACAUUUAUUCCAGCUUGAGAACAACUUGUCCCCAAUAGGUCAGUUAAGGUCCUCUUGUGAAUGCAUGAAACCAAACUAAAAAGUUCAGUUCCUGGGAAAGAAACAGAUUAUACAGAAAUGUAUUUUAUAUUUUGUACAUGUUAUAGCAUCAGCUGGUUGCAACUUUAAGAAAAAAUCAAGGCAGUGUAGAAUUUCUGGGAAUUAAAAACCAAGUAGUCAUUACAUUCACUACAUUUAAUGUGUCUCCUCGGCCCAUAUAACACAGGUUGACUUUCAGUCAAAAGCAGGACCACAGAUCAUGGACAAUUUAGCUCUCUUGCCCUGCUAGAAUCCUAAAAUUAAAAUUAUUUUGCCAAAUUUGCUAUCGCCUUUAGUCAGUCCCGCUAACAUUAGUCAUGAACCAAACAUUUCUUAUUGAUUUUUCAAUAAGAAAUGUUUGGUCCAUGACUAAUGUUAGCUGCGGCAUACACUUAUUGACUGGCAAUAAAAUUUGUUAGUUUAACUCUUUCAGUGCUAAGUGUCAGCCCAUCAGUGUGCACUAAAGUGAUCCUCCAACCAAUGAGUUCCAUGUAGAAUGGUUUUAAGAAGGCCAUUGAAGUCCACAGGAAUUACACUCAUAUCUUCUUUUUUGAUUUUCAUUUCCAAUGAUUGCAAAGUGACCUAGCUCCAACUCACCUUUUUAUGAGUUGCCCAUGAUGAAUCUGUUUUCAGACACGUUCCACAGGAAACAAGUGUUUUGGCACAACGCAUUCUGUAUUUUGCAAAGUAAAUAAAAGCAGAACCAUAAUUGAUGUCCUUUGGCCAGGUGAUAAAUUUUAGCAUUCAGAAAAUACUUUCAAAUAUAUAAAUCCAAUCUAGACUGUAGAUGAUGCAUACCAUAUAAGAGAAAUUAAAAUAUCUGACUUGUUUGGGUAUCAGUUCUGUUUUUCUACUAAGUAAUGGAUGCUUGUCAAUUUUCAUUACCAUAUUUAACUUUUCAAAUUCUUCCUCUAUUAUCUGGCCAAAUAUUUCCAUGUAUUGACUCUGUUUCCAUUUGUCUCCAGUAUUUGGCAUAUAGAUUUCUUGUUGCUGCUACCACAAUGACAGUUUUCUAUACCUACUAUACUUAGGUUUCACAUGUUAAUAAUAAUAAAAAAGUUCAGAAUAUAUGCUCACUUUACAUAUUCUUUUAAUCCAUUAAAUAUCCUAUUAUGCUUCA